AUGCCUCGGACUGAGACGUGUUCAACGCUGGUUUCUUUAAGGUCGUUACGCGCUGAGAGCCAUGAAGCAGAUGGAGCCCCAGAUGAAGCAAGUGCUGCAGAACCUGCCCAAAGCGGACUUCAGUGGUUAUUACAGAGGUGGAUUUGAACCCAAAAUGACUAAACGAGAAGCAGCCUUAAUACUAGGAGUGAGCCCUACAGCCAACAGAAGUAAAAUUAGAGAAGCUCAUAGACGAAUCAUGCUUCUGAAUCAUCCAGAUAAAGGUGGUUCUCCAUAUGUAGCAGCCAAAAUCAAUGAAGCUAAAGAUUUGCUGGAAGACCAAGCUAAAAAAUGAAUUGGAGAUAAAAUCAGAGGGUUUGCUUGUAUAAAUGAUUAUUUCUUAUAAACAGCUUAAGGCAAGUACGAAUCUCAAUCAGUGACUUGAUACAAAUGAGGCUUGAAAAAUUAAUCAGGGGAGCUACAUUCCUCUGUGCUCACUUCUUAGUCACUUCUGGGGAAAUGUGUGAGGGAGUGAAGCUUAAGGUUUUUUCAGAGCUGUUCUUUAGUAAACGAUUAAAGCUGCCACUCAGUAUUUUCUGCAUAGAAGAGCAGUAGUUUGGCUUGGCCAAUUCUUCCUGCAUGUUAUCAGAUGCUGACAUGCUGUUACCUAAUUUUAGUUAAACUAGUUACAUUUGAAAUUCAUGCUGCUAUUCUGUCAUAUGCCAAAGUUAGCAUGAUGAAAGAGCGCGGGGAGGGGGCAGAAAAAAACAGUAAUUACUUAACAAAAAGCAGUAGGAGAGAAAUGUGGUUGUUUCUGGAUGAAGAAAUAAAGUAUAAGAAACUGAACAUA